UCGAUAUAUUUUUAUCGCACUCCGUUUAUUGUCGACAGGAUAUAAUUAAAAUAUAUGAAAGAAGUUUUUAUAUUAUUUACUAUUAAUGUGUACGUAUCGUCUAGUACAUGUGUAAAUCUAAAAUCAAAAUAGUACGAUAAUGCAUUUUCCGUUCUAAAACAAUGGAGAUUUGUUUAUAAUCAGAAUGGCCGACGCCCACGCCCACGCCCAUCGAAUAUUUUAAUGUUCAAAAAAUUGUACCUCUGAUAUAAAAAUAAAUCCAGUUUUGACUAAAAAAAAAAAUAACGAAAGCGUAAUGUCACAAAUAAUUCCAAACACACCCACGCCUCAAAUGCUGACGACAUCAACAAUAGCCCCAGUCGAAUCAGCAAAACCUCAACUCACUUUUCCAUCUCUAGUUGAUGGCGCUCACGGAAAUAAUCUUCUGGCCCCGGCCCCAGAUGUAAUACUUAGAGCCUCAACCAUAUUUGGAGAGUUCAAACAUGACUCUCCACUGGAUCUCGAUAAUGUACAUAAAUCGGUGGAGACUGAGCACAAUAUGCUUUCGGACGGCCUAGAAUAUGGUAGCGAUUCUAAAAUUCGAAUAAUGCCAACAGUAAAGCUGCUCGCUACUCCCCAUGCAGCGGAUCCCAAACGAAAAUUCGUAUGCCCCUAUGAUAAUUGUACGAAAAGUUAUGGAAAAAGCUCCCACCUUCGCUCCCAUCUGACAUGGCACACAGGCAUCAAACCAUUCGUCUGCACCGAGCCCAAGUGCGGGAAGGGAUUCACACGCUCAGACGAGCUGAAUCGCCAUUUGCGCACCCAUACGGGUGAAAAGCCGUUCAAAUGCAUACAUUGUAGUAAAAAGUUUUCACGCAGCGAUCAUCUGACCAAACACUUGGCCACCCACGACAGACAGCUGAAAAGUAACAAUCCGAAACGUUCAUUGCCUAAUACAACCAAGGUUAAGGGUGCGAAAAAGAAUACCUCUGAUGCCGAUUCGGGCUAUCAUUUUAUGGCAGUAAUCAAUGGAGGGGGCGAGUCGAACCCAAAUCAAAAUCAAAAUCAAAACCAUCAGCCGCAGCCAGCGCCAGCAGCUGGCUAUGACCAUGCGCCAUUCAGAAUUAAAUUGGAACGACCCGAGCAUAGUGACAAAUAUCAAAUCAUAGCCCCAUUACCUGAUAACCAAUUGACGGCUGGCCUCAGUGACAAGCCGGAUGUCAAGUAUGAGCCUGCCGAGGAUAUUGCACGCACACUAUCGCAAUUGCCGCCACAGGACGGUGCCAGUACCUAUGGGAUGCCUCAUUUUGUGCAGGAUCGACCAUUUCGCUGCCGGCAAUGUGAGAAGCGCUUCAAGCGCCAAGACGACUUGAAUCGUCACAAUCGCACGCAUACGGGCGAGAAGCCCUAUGCAUGCACUCAAUGUUGUCGACGAUUUGUACGCAGCGAUCACCUGAAAAAACAUCAACAGACCCAUUUAAAAUCGCGAUAGCUUCUUAGAUAAUAAUUAUAUAUAUACAUAUAUAUAUGUUUUAAGAGCCAGUGGCAUCAUCCGAAUAACUGUUAGUUGAAUCAGGCACAUGUUUGGGGGUAAAAACAGCAACAACAACAACAAAACACAAUACAAUAAAAAUUUGCAAAAAAUAA